CCGAAGACAAGCGACUCACCGAGAUGACUACCCUUAACCACUUCCCACUAUUGCUUCUUUGCACCCUGUUUCUAGUUGAUGUCUAAGACAGCUAGUUUCAGUUUAUUUUGGUAUACAGAGAUCCUUUUCAUCCAUGGACGGCCACUGCUACUCUCUCUGCCCAUCCGACCACAACUACCCUUUACCAGGCAAUUUCCUCGAGGAGUCAGUGGUAAUCGAUAACAUCAACGUGCACGAUGAAGACCUGCUCGGCUUGCAACAGAUCUGCCCGCCAUCGUGGAUGGCAGGUGUUCAGGGGGUCAAAGACAUCCACCUAUUCCGUGAAUUUACCUCUUCCUCUUUUACCCCCUAUCUCACGAGCCGUGCUAAACCCUCGUGCCGGGUGGAUUCUCUAGAUCUGCGGACCCCUGAAUCAGUCCUCUACGCACAGCAGCAGCAGCAACACCAGCAAGUAGUAGGGCACGGAACGAGCCCCGAGGACACUUGGCCGGGUCCAAGCACGUCUCUGCCCACACCACCUAUGCUACCUACGGACUACACACCCUCUUCGUAUCAUAUGUUCUCACCGCAAGAUGCCUUACCCGACGACCACCACUCCCGACUCACCAAUCUUCCUCUUCCACCUCCUGGAGUUCAAGCAGGAAGCGACACCAUCCGCACCUCUACUCGUAACUCCUCGUCCCGCACCUCCUCUACCUCCUCCGCCUCUUCCACGACCACCAACCAACCCAACCACAGCCCUGCCACCAACAACAACAACAGCAACAACCACCACCACCGCUCCCAUAGCCACAGCCACAGCCACCAUCUCCCCACCACCACCUCCUCCUCCUCCUCCUCCACCUCCACCUCGCCCACCACCCCUACCCCAAACGACUCAACAUCCCCAUCCACCACCACCACCUCCACAUCAACCACCACACCAACAUCAACAUCCACCCAAUGCUGGGACCACGGCUGCAACGGCCGACGCUUCUCGACGCGGGGCAACCUGGUGCGGCACCAGAAGGAGCAGGCGCCGCCGCAGCAGCGCGAGGUGCGCAAGGCGUGCUGCCGGCACUGCGGCGCCUUCUUCACGCGCACCACCGCGCGCGACAAGCACGUCGUCAACCAGAGCUGCGGGCGCAUCCGGCGCUACAGCAACGGGAGGGUCCGCCCGCUUUUCGCUGCUGCUGCUGCUGCUGCGCGGUAUCCUGCUGGUACCUAG